AUGCUUUGGAGCACUUCUAUUCCUCUUCUUGUCGUGGCCGGCGCCGACUACGCGUUGGGAUCUCGCAAUCAUCACAUCCAUCACCAUGGCCACAAGAAACCUCACGUGGAGGUGGCGCCGAGAGACCAGGGAUUGAUCGACACCAAUCCUGCCCAGCUGGACAUGCUGGUUGAGUUCCGGACCACGACGACCACCGUGUUUGAAGAAUGCAUUCCGACCAACACUCGUUAUGUCACGACCACUGUAUUUGAAGACUACUCUGAGCCGACGGCACUCUCGAUGCCUGCAGUGCUGGAGCAAUCGCCAUCUCAUACCCCAUCUCCCAAGCCAGCACCAGUAAAAAGCGUGCUCGAACCAGCUACCGCAACGAUCCAGUCCACCGAAUUGAAGCCUACUGUUGUACAAAAGUCGCCAGAGCCGAGCUUGACGACAGUGAUGCAAGCUCCGGAUUUUUCUCACACGUUUGCUCGACCCACACAUUCUGAAGCCGCCGAGUCUCCGUCGCCGUCGCAUUUCCCAAACACAUAUGCCCGGCCUACGGACUCGAAGAAUGCUGAGACCCAUUCGCUAUUGGCGCAGCCUUUUUCAAAAACCGCAUUGGAGACAUCGCAUUUCCCCAACACAUUCAUGCACCCUACGCAUUCGAAGCCGGUUGUCCCUCAAUCACCAACAGACAAGCCAGCCGUGACAACUACCACGGAGCAGUCUUCGAACACGCUGAAUACCUUCUCUCGACCGACAAAUGCGGAGAUCGAAAAGCCCCAGCAGACAACCGAAGAACAAACGACAACAAUUCACAUGACCAAGACGGUGACUGCUGAAGAAACCGAAGCCGCCAGUGUCUCUACCACCAGUGUUUCCACGACCAGUACCACGACCGAAACCUCCGCCAGCAGCAUUCAUUCCUCGUCUAUCACGAGUGCAGCUCCAUAUCCAUCCACAACAUUAGCAGAGGAGCAACUGCUUUCACCGGCAACUACCAAAAUCGACCCAGCCACGGAGCCUCACCUCCUCCCAACUCUCCCAUCACUUCCAAACAUCCUCCCCACCAACCCAACAGAGAUCAUCCCGCACCUCCCAGUCCCGGGCCUUGAUGAAGUCCUCCACCCACAAGGGACACCCACGCCAUCAAACCUAGACUGGACCGCCCUGCCCGCCAACAACGCCUUCACAUUCGAAGGCUUCGGCGGCCGCAGUAAGCCCGCCGGUACAGGAAUUAAAUACCACGGCAACGUCGGUGUCCCCUGGGGCAGCAACAUCAUCGCCGUGAGCCCAACAGAAGCCCACCGCUACAAAUACGUCGCGCGAUUUACCGGUUCCAACAGCCAGCCCUGGACAGUAAUUAUCUGGAACAAGAUCGGGCCCGACGGGAAGAUGGAUGGGUGGUACAGCCAUUCAGCACUGACAUUCGUCCUCGCACCGGGUGAAACGAGAUACGUCGCUUUCGACGAGGACUCUGUCGGUGCGUGGAGCGCGGCGCCGGGCACCAACGGUCUCCCGACGGACCGCUGGGGCGGAUAUACAUCCACAUGGGGCGAGUUUAGCUUCGGCGAUAUCGAAAAUAAUGGCUGGUCUGGCUGGGACGUGUCUGCUAUCCAGGCGCAGGUUGCCAAGCAGAAGGUACAAGGUAUGAAGAUUUGUCAGGCAGACGGGCAGGGAUGCUCAGCAAUUACACCGGAUGCGAAAAAGGUGGUGAAUGCGUAUACGGAGUCGAAGAAGCAUCAUGAUGGGAUUGGGGGUGCGGCGUCGCCUGGUCCGGUGCGAUUGGCGGUUGAGUUGGAUUAUACAGAGUAA